GUUUCUGCAUUGCUCAUCGGGCCUUCGUAUUGCAUCUCCGUUAUCAUAGCUGUCAGUCAGUUGUCAUCAUGUCAUUCAAACUUCAAAAGAAGAAAAGCGAGAGAAAAACAGAAAAUAUAUGGGAAAUCUGUUUACAUAAUUAUAAAAACGGAAUAAAAGUAAUUAAUAUGAGAGAAAGUUAAGUUAAUAAACAAUUAUUUAAAAUGCAACAACUUCAACUAACAUUGGCUAUCAUUAAACCGCACGCGGUAAAGAAUCCAGUAGCAUUGUCAUUCAUCAGAAAUGUAUUAAAACAAAAUUUCAUUGUAGUAAAAACCAAAAGAGUUACUUUAGACCAAAAUGCAGCUAGUGUAUUUUACAAGGAACACGUAGGAAAGUUCUUUUAUAAUCGUUUAACAACGUUUAUGACUAGUGGUUCCAUUGAUUUACAUGUUUUAGCUCAUAUGAAUGCAAUUCAGCUUUGGAGAAAAAUUUUAGGCCCAACUAGUGUAUACAAAGGACAAUUUCAAGAACCGUAUUGUUUGCGAGGCAUGUUUGGUCUCUCUGAUACAAGAAAUGUGGCACAUGGCUCAGAUUCACCCGACUCUGCAGAAAGGGAGAUCAAGUUCUUCUUUCCUGAGUUCUCAGUAUACCAAUGGCGUAAAGAGGAUGAAGAAUGGUAUAGAAAAGGCCCCAUAGUGUUCAACCAACAUUUGUUCCAACAUGUUAAGAGAUUGUGAUGUUUGCCUAAAGACCAAAGUAUAGCAUAAUUUUAAAAAGUGAUAAAUGGUAAUUGCUUGUAACUUAGCCUUUCGUAAAGGCCAAUUUUGUAGAAGUUUAAAAUAAUCUAUUUUCUAUAACCCAUCCUUUUUAAUUUCUUUUUAAGUUUAGCCAUGUGUAGCAUGCCAUUUGAUAUGCACAUAAAAUCUAAACGUUUUUUACGACAUGGCCUCUCAGGCUAAAACAAAUAUUUAAUAUCUUGAUUGAUAUUGUUCCUUUUGGUGCCACACAAUAUACCUAUCUAUCCUUGUGUUCUAUCUUGAUAUUACAAUGAGUAUUUAGGUAUAUAGAAAAAACAAUUGAUCUUUCAGUGGGUUUUUAAAAUUAAUCAAUAAAAUAUAAAAAACCUACACCUGUCAGGAAAAGAUUAGUUUGCCUCUGCCACUGUGGGGCUAAAAUAAUAGCGAUGGGAUCAGCCAGCAGGGAUUUGAAAAGCAAUUACAAACUGUUAGUAGAUUUCAAACACCCACUAGGUAUAAUACUAGUAACUCUCAGCACUGUGGGAGUCAACUGAUGUAUUAUGUACCACAGAAACUGCUUUCACUUGACUACUGGCUGUUGCCAUAUUGGUGUCACUUGAAUCUUUUAAGUAGUAGCCUAGUCCAUACUGUGAUUUAACUACAAAAACAUUGUUUUACUGUAUAGUAUAUAAUUAUGUAAAAAUAAACAAGAUGAUGAUAUCUAUGUAAAACUAACAGAAAAAUAUUACUCCUUGUAACGUUAUGAUAUAUUAUAAAGAUGAUACUACUUAAAGACUUGAUAAAACAUUGUGAUUUUAAAACAAACUGCUCGUGAAUAGUUUACUCUGAGUAAACUAAAUAGGAUUUAACUGCAAAUUUUAAGGAGCUGACAGUUUGUUUCUGUGCAUGAUUCAAAAUCGUAUAAUAGCUUUAGUUAAUUUAUUUUAUAAAUCAAAUAAUGUCAUCUAGUUGUUGCAAGUCAUAGAAAUAUAAUUUCUAUUUAAAACCA